AUGGCUGAUGAGGAAAUGAAUGACGCUCCUCCUGUGGAACAAGACAAUGACUCCCAAUCCGAAUCGGACGACGGCAGCGAUGGCUCUGAGCCAGUGGAAACACUCAUUGCGGGGCGAGACCGUCGAGUCACUGCGGGCAAUCGCAUGGCAAGUCUGAUUGAGCGCGAAGAUGAUGACGAGGUGGCAUUACUCUUUGCUCAAGAAGACGAGGAAGAAGACGUCGAGUUCGAAGAAAGCGACGAAGACAGAUCCGAUGCCCAGUUGGACUCCUCCUCAGACGACGAAGACCAAGACCCAAAUACUAAGGGUGACGAGGACCUGGAAGGGGAAAAAGAGCUACAACAACAAGCGAAAGCACAGAAAGCUAAGAAACGCAAAGCCCAGGAUGCAUUUACCACAGUUUCUGGCCUUAGGAAGAAGGUUAAGAUUGUUUCCACAAGUACGCCAAUUACAAGUGCACCUCGUCCAAAGAAGAAGUCGGAGCGCGUUUCUUGGUUGCCCGAUGUCAAUGAGGGUCCAACACGUGCAUCAGCACGAAAACAGACUGUUGAGAACAAAGAAGUCACUCAUGCCCGUCUCAAAGAUCAUGCUGUGAAAAGAGCCAAAACACUUGCACAGAUGAGGAAAGCAGAGCAUGAGCGGGAAAAGCACAAGCCCAAGCAAAUGACACAGGCAGACCGAUUGGCAGAAGCUGCGAAGACAGAAAAGAAAAACAGCAAGAGUCUCAAUCGGUGGGAAGAAAUGGAGCGCAGAAGAGCCGACGAGCAGGCUGCCAAGCUUGCUGCCCUUAAGACUCGCAAACUCGAAGGGCCUGUGGUAUCAUGGUGGAGUGGGAUAGCUACCUGGUUGGGCACCAAAUUGGUCAAAAUAGGGUCUAAAGAGACUAACCAAGAGAUGCUUGCUGAACCCAAGAAGAGGGGAAGGAAGCCAAAGCAGAAUCCCGAGGCUCCCGAGUCUGUUAAAGAGGAUGUGCAGUCAAGCACAGGCACCCCUCGAGCUCAAACCGUUACUCCAGCACCAUCUGAGCCACCAGUACAGCAACAACCGCAAGCAGCGGAACAGCUCUCAAAAUCGAUUCAGUCAGCGGAACCUAGCCAAGCACUUCCCAAUGUUACUUUUACGGCCCCACAAGGGCUCGACAAUUUCUUUUUACAAGGGAUUCAGGAAUACGCAUCUAUGCCAAGCGAAGGAGGUUCCAAUGUACCUAGCACCGCUCCGAGUGAUGGGCCCAGCACACCACAAGUCUACGUUGACCCGUCACAGCGUCGGCCGAGUCAGUCACAGCCUCAACCUCCACCACCUGAACCUGAACCUGAACCUGAACCUAUGCAAUCUACACGCAAUCUGGUCAUGCUUGCGAGUUUCGAACGAGUAAACCCCAACGACCGGGGUGAAUUCGGCGUCUUCUACAACACCCGCAAAGGCCCCAAGCUAUCGAAAGCCAACCAAGAGCUGUGUCCAAUAACUUCCCUACCUGCUCGGUAUCGUGAUCCGACUACUGGCGUUGCCUACGCAAACACAUAUGCUUACCAGAAGCUUAAAGAGCUACAAGCAUACAAGUAUACGUGGAGCAGCAUGCUCGGAUGCUAUGUUGGUGCAGCGGGUGUGGUAGCUCGGGGUGUGCCUGAUGGCUUUCUUUCUGAUCCACCUGCAAAUACAAGCUAA